AUGAAUUAUCAACAGAGUGCCUUCGAAGAUUUUCUCGCUCGAUUGUUCAAAAAGUCGCUCGAAGGUUUAAAUUCGAGUGUGAACGAAAUUAACCGUUGCCGAAGUUUUAUUCAAGAACAGUAUGAUUCAUAUAUGACAAAACUUUCCACUGAAGUCAAAGAGUAUCGGAAGAAAAUUCAGGGAGAAAAUCAACAGGAAUUAUUCGAACAAAUCGAUCAUUUAUUCAAUAAAACAUCCGAACAACUUCUUCUGUCGACAAUUUUCUCCGCGAUCGGUUUAUUCAAUUCUGUCGAUUCCAUCAUUGCUCUUUUCACUGGCAUUGGUACCGAUGUUCUUGGCAUCGCGCCAAUUCGUAUGGGCUUCGUCAUACACAACACUGCCAGUGAGAUGAUGUUCAAAGAUAAAUUGAAUGAAUUAGAAGGCAAACUAACGUAUAUCAUCCGGAAUAUCGAAAUCAAGAAAACUCAACAGCUAGAUCAUUUAAAUCUCUAUUUUAAUCGUUUCCAAAAACAAAUGUCUCAAUAA